AUAAUCACUUUUUUAAAGCUUUUUCAGAAUUUGUUUUUUUCCCUUGAUAUCUAAGGUUUCAGAGGCGAGUAUUUUAAAGGGCAUUAAAAUAAUGGCGAAAUCGGCGCGACACGAUAAGAUGUUCCCCCCCAUCCCCUUUUUCGCAUCCGCGAAUUGAAUUGCUGCGUCUCUCGAAAGCUCUAGAGAGAGAGAGAGAGAGAGAGAGAGAGAGAGGGUGAGAAAGGAGGUGGGGGGAGAGAUUCUGUGUGGAGACGUAUAAAGCUAGCGGUGGAGAUGAAUUGCUGAGUGAUUCCAAAAAAAAUGUUUCCUUUUUAUACCUUGUUUGCCCCAUUUUGUUCACAAGCUUGGAUUGAGCUCUUCUCUUAAGUAACAUUGUUCCGGUCGUCUAUGGAAGGGACCACCGAAGUGAAUGAGACAAUCGAGUGCUCGCCGGAGGCUCCCCACAUCAAAACCAAAGAGAACGACCAGCCUCCUCAGCAACUGAACAGCAGUAAUGCGUUGGAGACGCCCGCCCCAAUCACAUCCCGAGAAGCCGAUUGGCCCGAGCACUUCUCGCUGCUUCGGUUACCGGAAGCAUCUCUGGAUAACAUAGAGGGCAGGAGUGUUGAUUCGCAUUCUGGGUCGCAACUGCUUUGCACGAGUUCCCGCUCUUUGGGCAGCAAUCCUGUGGGUAUGGUGGAAGAGCUGACAUUGAAGAACUAUAAGAGCCCUAACCUAUCUAUAGACGGCAGCUCGAGCAGUGGAGAGAAGCCGAUUGUAAGAAAGGGCUUAUGGCUUAAUUUCACAAGGUUGGCCGGAGGAACGAGGGAAGCUCAGAGGGCUCAGAGGCCACAGGUAGGCGAAAGUGAGAACCCUGUGGCUGCAAGCAGUAAUAGAUGUAGUAGAUUACCUGAUGGAAUCCGGACUAAGGUUUUAAGUGCCUCGAAAACUCCUGAAAUUUUCGUCAAGAACACUUUGAAGGGUAAGGGGGUUGCCUAUCUAGGUCGACCCGAAACAGUUGUUCGAGGGCAACCUAGUGAAAGGCCUAAGACCAAUGUAGAAACAACUUAUGCUUCUUUGCAGAGAGUUUCUAGAAAAGCAGAUGGCAUAUCUCUCUUUGGUGGUGGCAAUGGCUGUGGUAGAUUGGACUCCCAUCGUGGUGGGAUUAACCUUAGGGAGCAUCUUAAACCCAGGCGCCAAAAAAUAAGUAAGAUUGAGAGGCUUCAUAUAUUUAAUCAGAUCGUUGAACUUGUUGAUGUUUCUCAUUCCCAGGGACUCGUUCUAAAGAAUCUGCGACCAUCUUAUUUCAUUGUCUUACCUUUGAAUCAAGUUAAAUAUAUCAGUUCUUUUGGUCCUCAAGAAUUAUCAGGCUUGACCAAAGGGGGUAACUUGGACAGGAAAAGAUUGUUGGAUCAAAACAAAGAGUCUGAUGAGAUUUUGAUAUCGAAGCAUCAAAAAGUUAGUGGGUAUGGCUAUAUUGGUAUUCAGCGUCAGAUACAUCCUCGGAGGAGUGCUUCGAAGUUAGACGGUGAAGGGGAAAGCGUUGAUGCUAGCGCUUUCAAGCCUGGAAAUUCUGGGUGUGAUUUUAGGGAACAAGUGAAUGUGGGAGAACCUUACCAUGCUAGCAAUACAUCUCAGCAAUUGGCAUCUGAAUUCAGGAAAUUUGAGGAGAGGUGGUAUGCUAGCCCGGAGGAGCUAAAUGAGAAUGUGUGCUCUUUAUCUUCGAACAUCUACUGUCUGGGUGUCCUUCUUUUUGAGCUAUUUUGCUCUUUUGAAACAUGGGAGGUGCAUUCUGCUGCAAUGUCAGAUCUUCGUCAUCGGAUUCUCCCUCCAAACUUUCUUGCAGAAAAUCCCAAGGAGGCUGGUUUCUGUCUUUGGCUGCUGCACCCAGAACCUUCUUCUCGGCCGAAGGCUAGAGACAUUCUGUUAUGUGACUUGCUAAGUGAAUGCCGCCGAGAUAACUCUUUGUUGGAUCAGUCACCAACAUCUAUUGAUGAGGAAGACGCAGAAGCCGAUUUGUUAUCUCAUUUUCUCUCGUACUUGAAAGAACAAAAAGAAAAACAGGCUGCUAAGUUAAUAGCUGAUCUUGCAUCCUUACAAGGCGAUAUUGCAGAGGUUGAGAAAAGACACUUGUCAAGGGCUCAGUUUCCUUCAGAAGACCAGAACACACCAUCAAACUAUAGUGAUCGCUCUCAUCGCAAAGAAACUGUGGAAGCAGAGUUAAUACCAAGCUCGUCCAAAUCAAGCAUAUAUGAGGAGAGGCUGAUGAGGAACAUAAGGCAACUAGAAAAUGCAUAUUUCUCCAUGAGAUCCAAAAUUGAAGUAUCAGAAGCUAAUGCCAUUAUGCGUUCAGACACUGACGUGUUGAAGAUCCGUGACAGUUUUUAUCAUAACAAGAAUGAGACCGAUGUUCUCAAUGAAUCGACUGACCGUCUCGGAACAUUUUUCGAGGGUUUAUGCAAGUACGCACAGUACUCUAAGUUUGAAGUACGCGGAAGUUUGAAGAAUGUUGAUAUACUGAACUCUCCAAAUGUCAUUUGUUCUUUAAGUUUUGACCGGGAUGAGGAAUACUUUGCUGCGGCUGGGGUGUCAAAGAAGAUUAAGAUUUUUGAGUUUAAUGCUCUUUUGAACGACAAUGUUGAUAUUCAUUACCCAUUGAUCGAGAUGCCGAGUAGGUCCAAGCUUAGCUGUGUCUGCUGGAAUAGCUACAUCAGGAAUUACUUGGCCUCGACAGAUUACGAAGGGGUGGUUCAGUUAUGGGAUGCAAGCACUGGUCAAGGAUUCACGCGGUUCACAGAGCACCAAAAGAGAGCUUGGUCGGUCAAUUUCUCACAACUAGAUCCCACUAAACUAGCUAGUGGAAGUGAUGACUGUUCUGUAAAAGUUUGGAGCAUUAACGAGCAGAAAAGUUGCAUUGAUACAAUUCGGAACGUGGCAAAUGUAUGUUGUGUUCAGUUCUCCUCAUACUCCUCGCGUUUUCUAGCUUUCGGCUCUGCCGAUUACAAAAUUUGCUGCUAUGAUCUACGAUAUACAAGAAUCCCUUGGUGUACACUUGCUGGACAUGGGAAGGCUGUUAGCUACGUCAAAUUUUUAGACUCGGGAACACUUGUUUCUGCGUCAACUGACAACACCUUGAAGAUCUGGGAUCUUAAUCUGACAAGUGCAAGUGGAUUAUCCACUGGAGCCUGCAGCCUUACUUUAAAAGGUCACGCUAAUGAGAAGAAUUUUGUAGGAUUAUCUGUUUGUGAUGGAUAUAUUGCUUGUGGUUCCGAAACAAAUGAAGUUUAUGCAUACUAUAGAACAUUUCCCAUGCCAAUAACUUCUCACAAGUUCGGCUACUUCGACCCAGUCACAGGCCAAGAGACAAGCGAAGAUAAUGCUCAGUUUGUCUCGAGCAUCUGCUGGAGAGGAAAGUCGAAUAUGGUGAUCGCCGCGAACUCCAGUGGAAGCAUAAAAGUGUUACAACUGGUUUGAGGACAUAAAUUCCUCAAACAGAGGAUACAAGAAGAACAAAUCACCUAUCUUGCCUAAUUCGGAUGCUCCAUAUUAGGCACAAAUGGUACAAAAAAUUGAUCACCUUUUUGAUUUCUUCAUCUCUUGCGCUGCCCCUGACUCAGACCAAAUGCCCCCCACACUCCCAUGUGGCUCGAGCUAACAUUGUUAGCUGGAUUUGGUUCGACGACUGGAUGUGUUCUUUCGAAUCCGUAGCUACAAAACCGACGAAUUUUGGAAGUGUUCAGAACCAAUCCAGUUUGCACAAAGCAAAUUUAUCGGCAUGGCUAAUAAUUUGGUUUUGGUUUUGUAUAAUGGGUUCUCUAGAUCAUAUGAAGAAGUGAGCAUUCAUCAAAGAGUAUAGAAAGUCAAAGCGAAACAAAUGUGUACAUUUCGUAGAGAGCUAGGUAUGUAACCAUUUUGAUGUAUUUAGUUGGCAUUUUUUCUUAAGGAAUAGGUAGUCCAUAUAAUCAACGAAAGGUGCAUGAAAUAGUUCAUCUUAUUACAAAAAGAUACUUGUAUGCUACUUGGAGUAUUAAUACUAAUAUAUAUAUAUAGACCAUUCUUUACUUAGGGAUGAGAUUUUUGUUCCA